CGGCAGUGGUGGCUCCACGUCGUGGAACAGACCUUCAGGCUCUCGGGCGUGCGCGAGGACAGAGUCCUAACGCUGAUGGCGGAAAACCUCUACCGUGACUUCUGCAGCGCCCGUAACUGGGAGGUGCUGCCGGGAGCCGUCGAGACUCUGAGCCGGUGCCGCCAGCGCGGCUUCUGCAUGGGGGUGGUCUCCAACUUCGAUAACCGGCUGGAAAACGUCCUCCGCCAGUGCAACCUGCGGCACCACUUUGAAUUCGUCCUCACCUCCGAGGAUGCAGGCUUCGCCAAGCCGGAUGGGAGGAUCUUCGAGAAAGCCCUGCGCCUCGGCGGGGUCCCCCCGGAGCAGGCGGCUCACAUCGGGGAUGACCACACCCGGGAUUACAGGGCAGCCCGCACCGUGGGCAUGCACAGCUUCCUGCUCCGGGCUGCGGGCCAGGACAAGGAGCCGGAGGUGCCCCCCGAGCACGUCCUGCCCGCGCUCGACCACCUCCUGGCUCUUAUUGAGAGGGGGUAG